AUGACAUCCGAUGAUGGUAAUGCUGGGCAAGAAAGAGAGAAGGAUGCUGAAUUGAUUGAGGUUGGAGGCAAGAAAGUGAGCAAAACUUCGACAGGAAAACGAAAGUUUCAUAAUAAGUCCAAGACUGGUUGCGACAAUUGUAAGAGAAGAAGAGUAAAAUGUGAUGAAGGCAAGCCAUUUUGCAAGAAAUGUACAAACAUGAAAUUGGACUGUGUUUACAGCCCCAUUCAGCCAAGAAGAAGAAAAGAUUCUUCGUCGUCAAAAUUUGCAUCAGCAGUCCACGAUAGAGUAGGCAGGAAAAAUUUGAGUGACAAUACUGUCAUAUUACAACAACUUCAUCAUCAACAAGAACAACAACUUCGCCAACAACAGCAGGUCCAAUUACAGCAGCAGUUGUUGCCGCACGUUGGCACUGAUGAACAAAGUAACUCUCCUAAUAACGUUCCUCCGUCUGUAUCCAACAAUAUGGAGAAUCUUUUAUUACCGCAUCUGCUAGCCAAUCUAGUGAAUAACAGCAAUAGUAACGUCAACAGCAGUACAAACGGAGGUGAAGCGCACAACAAUAUAACACAGACCGCGCCAAGUACAAUGAUAAACAACAACCACCCAAACGUGGCUAUACCGGGCAAUUCGCCAUUGAGUAUACCGAUAACACCUAGUUUUCAAUCGACGGCUAUGAACUUAUCGAGCAGCCUUAACGGUUUACUAUCACCUGGUAGGCUAAACUCGAUGACGAAUGUAAUGCAACAGCCACAGCUUCCACAGCAACAGCAGCAGCUUCCACAACAACAAGGAACGCAAUCUCCAUUCAGUAAUAUUCCUUUCGAUCAGUUAGCGCAAUUAAACAAGAUGGGCUUAAACUUCAAUAUGAAGAGUUUCAAUACGCUGUUUCCAUAUGGUGCUGCAAAUGGAAUGGCUUCUGAGUUUCAAGAGUUGUUUGGCCUUGGCAAAUUUGCUACAUCUAAUAAUAGGGCCAUUAAAGUUAGCACAGCGGAGGAGGCACUGGCAAACAUGCAACAGGAACAGGAGAACAAAAACAAGCAAUUUACGAAGAACCCAUUGGAUAAUACUAAAACGGAUUCUAUUAACUCAGGAAAUAACACUCUUCACGGAAAUGAGAAUAAGGUAACUGCUUCUGAUAUACUUUCUAAUAACAAAAGCUUGAUAAUCGACAAUACCGGCCUCACGAUCAGUCCCACACAUACGUUGUCCAAACCUUCCAUAGAUCAAACCAUUGCAUCUCCCUCAACUGGGGUAUCCAAUGGAACUUCCACUAAGUCAUUAUUAUCCAUACCAGACCAUAGAACCUCUUUGGGAAAUUCUCCCACUUUAAAGACGUCAUCAAUGGGUGACCUGUUAUCCAACUCGGAGACGCUAUCUCCACGUUCUUCAAAUUCUCACACCCAACAACAAUCUUCUCCCCAUUCAAACUCUUCAUCAGCCUCACAGUUAGUCCCUGAGUUAGUUGGACUAUCCAGAAAGUCAAAUUUGAAUUUGAUAGAUCUGAAACUUUUUCAUCACUACUGUACUGAUGUAUGGCAUACAAUAACCGAAGCAGGUAUUUCUGGUCCAGAAGUGUGGAGUACUUACAUUCCGGAUUUGGCUUUUCAUUUCCCCUUCUUGAUGCAUACAAUUUUGGCCUUUAGCGCCACCCAUUUGUCUAGAACGGAAGCUGGAUUGGAUAACUACGUAUCUAGCCAUCGUUUAGAAGCAUUGAGGCUAUUAAGAGAGGCUGUGCUAGAAAUUUCAGACGAUAACACAGAUGCUUUAGUGGCUAGUGCUCUAAUAUUAAUUCUAGAUUCACUGGCAAAUGCAUCAAGCAGUUCACCAACAGCAUGGAUUUUCCAUGUUAAAGGUGCCGUAACUAUAUUAACGGCUGUAUGGCCUCUGUCGGAAACAUCCAAAUUUUAUAACUUGAUUUCUGUCGACUUGAGCGACUUAGGAGAAGCGGUGGUCAACCAAAGUAAUCAUAAUAACGAUAAUGACAGUAGCACUAAUGGUGACAAUAAUAACAAUAAUACGAUUUCGGAACUCGUAUGCUUUGACGAAAGUAUAGCAGAUUUAUAUCCCGUAGAAAUAGAUUCGCCAUAUUUGAUAACCUUAGCAUAUUUGGACAAACUGCACCGUGAAAAAAAUCAAUUAGAUUUUAUGUUAAGAGUCUUCUCAUUCCCUGCUCUUUUAGAUAGGACCUUUUUAGCAUUAUUAAUGACAGGGGACCUAGGAGCUAUGAGGAUAAUGAGGUCUUAUUAUACAUUAUUGAGAGGUUAUACCACAGAAAUAAAAGACAAAGUGUGGUUCUUGGAUAGCGUAUCACAAGUUUUACCACAAGAUGUCGAUGAGUAUAGCGGAGGUGGUGGCAUGCAUAUGAUGCUGGAUUUCUUAGGAGGUGGGUUACCUUCUAUGACAACUACAAACUUUUCAGCUUUUAUGUAG